AUGAAGAUAUAUCUUAGACUUAUAGUAUUGUUGUUGGUGAUCACUACUCAUGUGGUAGUAGGAUCAUCUUCUUCAUCACCACCACAAGAACAGGGACCUCAAGAACAGGGACCACCAGUACAGGUAACUUAUGAAGCAAACUGGAAGUCCAUCAACUCUAGACCAUUGCCAUCAUGGUAUGAUCAAUCCAAGUUUGGUAUAUUUGUACAUUGGGGAAUAUACAGUGUCCCAGCUUUCGCUGUACCAGGAGUAACACUUGGAGAAUGGUACUGGCUCAAUCUUAAGACUGAAUCAGAUGGGGGAGAAACACAAGCCUUCCACAACAAGUCAUAUGGACCUAACUUCUCUUAUAAGGAGUUUGCACCAUUGUUCAAAGCACAUCAUUAUAAUCCAGAUAGAUGGGCAGAGUUGUUUGCUAAAUCAGGUGCCAAGUAUGUGGUGCUCACUACCAAGCAUCAUGAUGGCUUUUGCAAUUGGCAAUCAAAGUAUAGUGAUGGCUGGAACUCUGUGGACCAGGGCCCUCACCUUGAUAUUGUCGGCACACUCUCCAAGUCAGUCCGAAACGCAGGUCUACACAUGGGACUCUAUCACUCUCUCUAUCAAUGGUUCGCACAAAUCUACGCAGAUGAUUGGGCAUCAGGACGUACACCGACCAGGGAUCAUUACAUCUCGACUGUAUUGCAUCCUAUGAUGAAGGAGAUGGUCAACACUUAUGAGCCAGAUGUAGUAUGGGUGGAUGGUGAUUGGGAGGAAACAUCAACAUAUUGGCGUGCAACUGAGUUCUUGCAAUGGCUCUAUACCAACACCACUGUCAAGGAUAGAGUUGUCACAAACGAUCGAUGGGGAUCAGAUUGUCGUGGUAAGAAUGGUGGAUACUGGACACCAUACGAUGGCUACCAUCCAGGCAAACUACUCUCUCACAAGUGGGAGAACUGUUAUACAAUUGGAUCAUCAUGGGGAUACAACUUGAAUGAGGAUGUCAGAAACUUCAAGAGUACAAACAGUUUGAUCAGAACCCUAGUAUCCACAGUCAGCUGUGGAGGUAACUUGUUACUCAAUGUUGGACCAAAUGCUGAAGGUGUAAUACCAAUGUUGAUGCAGGAGAGAUUGGUUGGUAUUGGACAAUGGUUGAAUGUUAAUGGAGAGGCUAUUUAUAAUACAACUUGGUGGCGUGCUCAGAAUGAUACAGAGGAUAAGAAUUUAUGGUAUACUACAAAUGCUGCAACUGGAGCUGUCUACGCCAUGUCAUUCGUCUGGCCUGAUAGCUAUAACCUAGUCCUCACACAGCCUGCUCUCACACAAAAUACAACCAUUGCACUACUUGGCUAUAAUGGCGCUCUCGCCUUCAAGUCCGCAGCCACUGACAAAGGUAUCGAGAUCAAACUACCAACCCUUGGACCAAACAGCUUCCCUCCACAUGGUGUCUACACCUUCAAACUACUCAAUGUAACA